UGUCAGAGAGCCAUGAGUCGGCUCGGAGAGGAGCUGAGACAAAAGCGGGGCGGCUAAAACACACAUACACACACACACACACACACACGAGAGAGCGGUGUAUCCGGAUAAAGCGAGAGGAAGCACAUACACACACACAGAGAGAGAGGAGGGUUCGUGCGGUUGGAGAUUAUUGUUCCGUGUGUUGGGAGAGAGCCGCGGCCAGGCCAUGGACGAGCAUGCAGGGCCCGGUGUGUUCUUCAACAACAACACCAACAGCGGCGGCGGCGCGGCGGGGAAGAACGGAGCUGCUGUGGCCGAGGGGAGCGGCUGCGAGCCGGGCAGGGCGCACUACAGCAUCCCGGGCAUCCUGCACUUCCUCCAGCACGAGUGGGCCCGCUUCGAGCUCGAGAGAGCGCAAUGGGAGCUGGAGAGAGCUGAGCUGCAGGCGCAGGUGGCCUUCCUGCACGGUGAGAGGAAAGGUCAGGAGAACCUGAAGAAGGACCUGGUCAGGAGGAUCAAGAUGCUGGAGUUUGCGCUGAAGCAGGAGAGGGCGAAGUACCACAAGUUAAAAUACGGAACGGAGUUAAAUCAAGGUGACAUGAAGCCGCCGAGCUACGACUCCGACGAAGGGAACGAGAAGGACGCUCCCGGCUCCCUGAACAAUCAGCUGUCGUGGAAACAGGGUCGCCUCCUCCUCAGACAGUAUCUGCAGGAGGUGGGCUACACGGACACGAUCCUGGAUGUGAAGUCUCAGCGGGUGAAGGCUCUGCUGGGGCUGAUGGGAGACUCCAGCCGGACCAAUCAGGAGCCUCUGAUCAACGGCACGGACUCGGCGCCUAAAGGAGCGAACACAGGGAAAGCAGAGCUGUCAGGGACGAGCGCCGUGCUCGAGGCGUUUAAGUUCAUCGAGAGCGCCACUGCUGAGUUCAGUGAUGAGGAGGAUGAAGAGGACGGAGACGGGAGAGAGAGGACCAUCAUCGAUUCACGAACUAUUGUGAGGAAGAAGCCGAACUCCUCCCCUUUCUCUCCGGCUGCUGACGUGUGUAACGACCUCGACACGGAAGACGCACUGAAAGACUUUGACUUCCUGUCCACCAGUGAGGACAUGGACACCUCCCCUGAGUCUAGGAGUGCGGGAGACGGUACCGACUGGGAGAAGGACAUGCAGCAGCGCGGCUCGUCCGAGGCCUGGGACGUGGAUCAGGGUCUGAUUACCAAACUCAAGGAGCAAUACAGAAAGGAGCGCAAAGGCAAAAAGGGGGUGAAGAGACCGAAUCGCACUAAGCUGCAGGACAUGUUGGCUAACCUGCGGGAGAAUGAGAACGCCAGUCCGUUGCAGUCGUCCGUCAGUCCUCCGUCCCGACCCAACGUCAGUCGCUUCGUCGAACACGACAGCAGUCACUCUGAUGAAGUGGAGGCCAUCACGUUCCCUCCCACCACCGGUAAGUCCUUCAUCAUGGGCGGAGACGUGAGCAUAGACUCCGGGGAGCUGGGUCUGGGAGAGCUGGCGGGUCUCACCGUCGCCAACGAAGCCGACGCCCUGGCGUACGACAUCGGCAAUAAUAAAGACGCCCUGCGUAAGACCUGGAACCCCAAGUUCUCGCUGCGCAGUCACUUCGACGCCAUCCGCGGCCUGGCGUUCCACCCCACCGAGCCGGUCCUCAUCACCGCCUCCGAGGAUCACACGCUCAAGAUGUGGAACCUGCAGAAAACCACUCCCGCGAAAAAGAACGCCUCGCUGGAUGUGGAACCUAUUUAUACCUUCAGGGCUCACAGAGGCGCAGUGCUGUGUGUGGUGAUGAAUAACACGGGGGAGCAGUGCUUCAGCGGCGGUGUGGACGGCACCAUUCAGUGCUGGAACACGCCCAGCUCCAACAUCGACCCCUACGAUUCCUAUCAGCCGAGCGUCCUGCGUGGGGAGCUCAUAGGACACACGGAUGCGGUCUGGGGACUGGUACACCUCAGCGCUCACCAGCGCCUCCUGUCCUGCUCGGCGGACGGCUCGGUGCGGUUAUGGAACGCCUCCAGCUCCGAACCGGCCGUCGCCGUCUUCAACCAGAACAAAGAUCUGGGCGUGCCCUCUUCAGUGGAUCUGGUGUGCAGUGAACCCGCCUGCAUGGUCACUUCAUUCACUAACGGCAAGAUCGGCCUCUUCAACAUGGAGACGCAACAGCUGGUGCAGAGCCUCGAGGCUACUACUGAGUCUGGUGCGCCGUGUCAGAUCAACAAAGUCCUGAGUCACCCGACUCUCCCCAUCACCAUCACGGCGCAGGAGGACCGCCACAUCAAGUUCUACGACAACAACACCGGAAAACCCAUCCACUCCAUGGUGGCUCAUUUGGACGCUGUGACCAGCCUCGCCGUCGACCCGAACGGACUCUACCUGAUGUCUGGGAGCCACGACUGCUCGAUCCGCCUGUGGAACCUCGAGAGCAAGACGUGCAUCCAGGAGUUCACGGCCCACCGCAAGAAGUCAGACGAGUCCAUCCACGACGUGGCGUUCCACCCGUCCAAGUGCUACAUCGCCAGCGCCGGGGCCGACUCCCUCGCCAAGGUCUUCGUAUGAGCCGGGAAACCGCCUGCCUUUUUCCUUUUUUUUUAUUCUUCUCUUUUUUUUCCUUUUUUUUUUU